AUGGAAAUACAUGUAAAUCCACCUUUACCAACGGAAACUAUUUUUAUUAACCUUAAUCUCGAUGAAGCCAUUAACGACACACCCAAAUUUCGUGUAAAUGUUAGAAGGUUUGAGGAACAGGUUGAUCAUUUUGAAAAAUGGUUAGAACUUUAUUUAAAAUCAUUAAAACAUUUUAUAGAAGAGUCUAUCAAAUUUAUUGAGGCGAGUAAUGUUUUGGCCAAACGUUCAAUACCUUCUUCAUCAGAAGAUGCAUUAUUAGGUAUGUAUGUUAAUGAUAUUGAUGAAAAACUUAUACAGCCUUUAUUGCAGUUUACAAAAACUGAUCUUAAAGAAUUUAAAGACACACGUAGAAAUUAUGAUCGUGCACUUGAACGUUAUGAAUCAAUGUUGGCAAAAUACACAUCUCAAUCUAAAAAUAAAGAAGCAAGUGCAUUACGUGAAGUUUUCAGAAAAACUUACAUAAGGGUAUUAUUAGAUUAUACCUUGAAAGCAAUCCAUUUCAGAACAACUCUGGAUCAUUUAUUAAUGGAACAGUAUUUGAAUGGAACUUCUGCUCAUUUAGAAUUUCAUGAAGCUAGCUUAACUGUUUACAAAAGUACCGAGAACCGAUCAGAAAGAUUGAAGGGUUGGCUAUGGGAGAGAAAAUUAACAAAAUACACAGACAGUAGUAAUUUCACAUUAAUGAAUAAUCAACAAAUUAAUGAGACAUCAAUACAGCCAAAUCGUCCUCCUUCAAUAGAUCUUCCUUCUCCCUCAAUAAUGCCAUCAAAACAAGGCUAUCUUUUCAUGAGAACUCCUUCAGGGAAGAAUACAUGGACCAGAAAAUAUUUGUAUUUGAAAGAUGGUAUGAUUUGGUGGUCUUCGAUUGUACACGGUAAACAUCGAAGCAUCUCGGUGGGAGAAAGUGAGAAGAUUGAUGUACUCUUAUGUGAAACUAGAAUAGAUACUUCUCAGGAUAGAAGGUUCUGCUUUGAAAUUGUCUAUGGUGCUAAACAAACCACGUGGUUACUACAAGCUGAAACAGAAGAGGAACUAAAAGAAUGGAUUAGCGUAUUUGAGUCUGCAAAACGUUACGCAUUCCCUUCUACCAUAUCUCAUAAAGAACAAAAAGAUGAGAAUAGUAUUAAAAAUGAAGAUGAUGUUGUAAAGCAAGAUGAUUCAAAUAAAUCUUUAUCAUCGAACACAGUAGAAAAUAACAAUAUUACAGAAAAAUCUUCAACCGACACAAAACCUGCCGCGCAUCAUAAUACUCUUACUACACCAUCUCCUACUUUCAGCGCUGAUUCAUCAUCUAUGUCAACAACAAAAAAAAGAGCUGCUUCUAUAUCUACUGCAGUUCCCACACGACCUCCUUUAGCAGUAACACCACAUCACAGCGACAAAAAUGCUACUACUCCAUCAGCAAAUCAACAGCACUUUUGGGGUACUAUACAAUGGGCAUUACCUGCAGUAAAUUUAAUCAUGAACACUGUUAAUGGAUCUGAAGGUGAAGAUGGUGAUGUUAAUGCGGGAAGAAGAGGAUCAUCUCCUGCACUAAGCAAAGGCGGAAGGUCUCGUAGCGUUGGUGGACCUGUCGGUUUUGGCGCUGAUGGUUCUAUCGCAGUAUAUCCACAAUCUUUAUUGUUGCAUAAUGUGCAACUUCAUUUGUUUUUCCAGGAAAUGCUUGAAACCGAAUUUGUGUUAGAUGUUUAUCAAUGUGCAUGGCAAAAAGAUGAUACAUUAUUGAAAGGCCGAGUUUAUCUUACCCAAGAUAGAUUUUAUUUUUACUCUUUGAUAAUGAGCGUUGUUAAUAUGUUUUCAAUAAGAUGGAAAGAUAUAAAGUUCAUUAAGCCAAUUAAUUCCGAUUUCCAGCAAGUUUUGGAAAUUUCAGUAAAAAAUGAGGAAAAUAAGUAUAUUGUAAAGUCAUUUUUUGAUACAAGAUCAACAUUUUCUGACAAAAUUAAUUUAAUAUGGAAACUUGCAAUCGAUGAAAAGCAAAAGACAUUGCAAGAAAAGUUUAAUUCUGUCUGGAAUAUCAAGAGUGCACCAAAAUCAAAAAUAGAGGGUUAUAAAUUAAAUAAUGAUAAUAAUAUUGCUACUUCUACUGCUAACAAUAACGCCAGUGAUAAUUUAAAAAAUGUCACGUCACAAUUAGAAAAAUUGAUUUCUCCUCAAGAUUUCAAUAAAAAUAUUAACAAUAAUAAUUUGGAGAGUAGCACUAAUAACGAUAGUCAAAAUAAAGAAAAAUCGUAUGUUAUUUUCCUUUUUCAAUUUUUUAUGAUUACAACGUCAGCGGAAGACGAAGAUCUACCUUCAAAUAUUCCUCAACCAAGAGGACCAAUCAGAUGUGUUUGUACAAAUCAUCUUGAAAAGUUAGAGGCAGAAAUUGAAUAUCCAGUUUCUGCUAAAAAACUAUUUGAUAUGAUAUUUGAUGAGAAAAGUACUUUGUGGUCAAGACUACAUCAUAAAAAAGGCAAUAUCUUACAACAUAGCGGUCCUUGGGUUAUUGAUAAUAGUGGUGAGGGAGAAAGAAAAAGAGAAUUCAGAUAUAUUAUACCAAUCAAUAAUCCAGCUGCAAAAGUUAAAGAAUCUGAAUGUGUAGAUGUACAAGUGUGUCAAAAAAGAGAAGAGUAUUUGUAA